UAAAGUCUGCGCGUGUUGUUUUCUUGAUUUACUGGACAGCAACACAUUGUCAGUAAUUAUGGAGCCAUCUUUAACCUUGCGGAUGUGGAGUUUGUUGUGUUUGAGUUUGCUUGUAAUCCAGCAAAUGAGAUACAGACUUUCAGUGCCUACCGUCCUGAGCAAUGGCACAGACACACUCGUCUGCAAAGCGCAAGAAGUCGUCUGGAAAUACAGCUGGCAGGAAGAAGGGGCACCAAUUCGACCCCAGAUUUUACUUUUCUCUAAAGAUGACACGCUGGUCAUUUCUGGAGCCAGAGCUGAUAUUUGUGGGAGGUACACUUGUACAGUGGAAAACCAACUGAGCACUAAUCAAGGGCACUAUUUCCAUUUGAAAUAUGGAGAGAUCUGGCAUGAGAAGGCCUCUCUUUACUUGGGAACAGCGGCUGUGCUGUUUGAAGUGCCAUGGCUCUUGAGCGUCUGCUUCUCCUGUAUUAACUGGAUCUGUAAAAGAGGUUUCAGUCUGCUACAUGGUUUCUUAAGCUUCAGUGACAUAUGUGGCAACAUCUCCCUUCUGGUAGGAUUCUUUGGGUUUAUCUUCAAGACAUGUGAUGGUGAACACGUUGAAGUAGCCAUAGUUGGGCUGGUUAUUUUACCUGCCAUUCUCAUUGCAAGGGUGCCACAGAAAAAAGAAGAACCACCAGAAAAACGUGUGUCACGCUGCAUGGAACACUGUUAACAGGCUGGUUGUGAUGGUCGCUUUAUCUGUGUUAACAGGACUUUGCUUGAAAUACUGAGAGAUCUGGCAUGAGAAGGCCUCUCUUUACUUGGGAACAGCGGCUGUGCUGUUUGAAGUGCCAUGGCUCUUGAGCGUCUGCUUCUCCUGUAUUAACUGGAUCUGUGAAAGAGGUGUGUGCCGUCUGUGUACCAAUACAGGAAAAAUGAAACAAGCCAAGGAGAAGACAAGACAUUGCCACCUGAAGAAAUCCAACUGAACUGAAGGUUGCAAUUUCCACUGCCUGUCACAGUCUGAAUGAAUUGUUUUAAAGAGCAGUGUAAUCCCCACAGUAUGAGUGAAAUAGAACAAAGCUAUGGGACUGAUCAUUCAAGCUUCCUGCUUGACUAGUGCAACAAAGAAUUGGGAGUACUGGUCUCAGAAUUACAGGGUUAUGGGGCUACAGGAGUGGAGGGUAGCCAGUGAGAAGGAAUAAGGAAUGCAUUAAAAAUAGGCCACUGGGUUGUUUAUGUUUUUUUUAUUAUUAUUAUUAACUCUGAGAUUGAAGCAUUAUGAUUUGCGUUGUGUCACUAGCGAUUCUAGCAAGAUAAUGUGAAACGUUAUCUAAUGACUGUGAUUGAAGUGCCCCCUGGACCCCUGGCUGACUAACCUUGUCCGUCUCUGUGCUUCUGAUCUUGCUCCCUCCGUUAUGUACACUCUCAACCUGUCCCUGGACUCUGGCUUGGUUCCUGCUGCCCUUAAGCUUGCCCGAGUUACACCGGUACUCAGAAAACCCUCUGUCUGUCAUGCAUUUGUCUCCUCUCGACAUUGGCCUCUUGGUAGCCUCUCUGAUCAGUCUCAUUCUUGCUCGGUUAUCCAGUUUGGAGGGACGGCCUGAUCUAGGCAGGGUCUUGGUGGUGCCACUUCUUGAUAAUCGUUUUGACCGUGCUCUUAGGGAUAUUCAAGGCCUUUGAUAUUUUUUUAUACACAUCCCCUGAUCUGUGCCUUUCAACAACAUUGUCCUGGAGUUCUUUUGAAAGCGCCUUGGUGCUCAUGGUUCAGUCUUUGCUUUGAAAUGCACUACCCAGCAGAGGGAACCUACAGGAACUGCUGAAUUUAUCCUGAAAUCAUGUGAAUCACUACAAUUUAACACAGGUGGAGGCCACUUAACUUGGUGUGUGCUUUUGAAGGUGAUUGGUUACAACUGAGCUAAUUUAGGAUUGCUAUUACAAGGGGUGUGGACACUUAUCCAACCAAGCUAUUUCAGUUUUUAUUUAAUUUUCUACAAAUUUGUAGAAUAUUUUUUUCACUUGGAAGUUGUGGGGUAGGGUGUGUAGAUAAAUGAAAAAAAAAUAUUUUAAUGCAUUUUAAUUCCAGGCUAUAAGGCAACAAAAGGUGAACAUUUUGAAAGGGGGUGUAGACUUUCUAUAGGCACUGUAUAUGUAUGUAUAUAUAAAUAGUAUUUGUAAAUAAUCAGAUACUUUUUAUGUUAUCAUAUUUCAAAUUUCACGUUUUUUUUAAUUUAUCUUGCAAUAUUUAAACUUGUUUCAUAAAUAAAUAAUAAUGUGAAGAAACAUUUACAUUUAUUGAACUUUAAAUUGAAAGAUUUCUGUGAUGAAAAGUGGCUGUGUGGCUUUGAAGAGAAGGGGAGUGCGGGACAGAUAUAUUGUUGAAUAACAAAUCCACAGAAAAUUGUUAAUUCAUCAAUUAAACUGCAGUCAGAACAAUUCCACAGAAAAGCCAGUAUCAUUUUAUUACACAACAAUCAUUUCAACAAUUUUCAAACGUAACACUUUGAAAAGGGCUUGCGAGAGACAAACAUCUUACCUGUUUGCUGUGUAACAGUGGAGCAAAAAACAAAUCUAAUUACCAGAUUAACCAACUCAAUCUCAUUAUCCAACAAGUAUUAAUUAGGAAGACAUUUUCUAAGUGGCAUAAAAACUCUGAAUGUUGAAUCGGUAAGAAAGUAAUCAACAGUUUCUCGUGCCUAACAGUGCUCAAAAACAUUUUGUAAUUUGUAACACAACUAAUCUGUACAUAUGAUAAUAUAUUUUAUACCUAUGCAUAUCUGUAAUAAAAACAAU